GUGAUAACCCCAUCCAGUAGAGCCAAUGGAGAAGGCGCCACGUCCACAACUUGCGCCAUCUUCUGAUCUUCUGAUCUUCUGUUCAUAAUUUUAAUGAAAACAAAUGUGUAAAUCAAACAACUUUCCAAAGGGGUGAAGAAGAACAAAUCUAUACUACCAUUAACAAUGGAGAAACUGGCAAUUCCUUGCCAAACGAACCCUCCAAUUUCUGGCCCUGCUUCCGUUAUCAAACCCAGACCCCUUAAAUUCUCUUCAAAACCAAUUAAAACUUCUAUAUUUUUCACCUACAAACUUACUUCUAAGUUCAAUGAUGACCAUUUGAGUUACCUUUGCAGCAAUGGGCUACUCCGUGAAGCCAUAACAGCCAUCGAUUCGAUUUCUAAACGUGGGUCUAAGUUAAGCACCAACACGUAUAUCAAUUUGCUUCAAACUUGCAUAGAUGUGGGUUCCAUUGAACUGGGUCGUGAGCUUCAUGUUCGUAUGGGUUUAGUCCAUCGGGUAAACCCAUUUGUUGAGACGAAGCUAGUAAGUAUGUAUGCGAAAUGUGGGUGUCUUAAGGAUGCACGCAAGGUGUUUGAUGGAAUGCAGGAGAGAAAUUUGUAUACUUGGUCGGCAAUGAUAGGGGCAUAUUCGAGAGAGCAGAGAUGGAAAGAAGUAGUUGAACUUUUCUUUUUGAUGAUGGGAGAUGGGGUGCUGCCUGAUGCCUUUCUUUUCCCAAAAAUACUACAGGCUUGUGGGAAUUGCGAGGAUCUUGAAACUGUGAAGUUGAUACAUUCUCUCGUUAUUCGAUGUGGGUUGAGUUGUUAUAUGCGUCUGAGCAAUUCUAUUUUGACGGCAUUUGUCAAAUGUGGGAAGUUGAGUCUAGCUAGGAAGUUCUUUGGGAACAUGGACGAAAGAGAUGGGGUCUCUUGGAAUGUUAUGAUCGCUGGUUAUUGCCAGAAGGGAAAUGGUGAUGAAGCUAGGAGAUUGCUUGACACGAUGAGCAAUCAAGGAUUCAAACCGGGUUUGGUUACUUAUAACAUAAUGAUUGCUAGUUAUAGCCAGUUGGGGGAUUGUGAUCUUGUUAUAGACUUGAAGAAGAAGAUGGAGAGUGUGGGUUUAGCGCCUGAUGUCUAUACUUGGACCUCAAUGAUUUCAGGUUUUUCUCAAAGCAGCAGGAUUAGUCAGGCAUUGGAUUUCUUCAAGAAGAUGAUUCUUGCAGGGGUUGAACCAAAUACUAUAACUAUUGCAAGUGCAACCUCAGCCUGUGCUUCCUUAAAAUCACUGCAAAAUGGACUAGAAAUACAUUGUUUUGCAAUUAAAAUGGGAAUUGCGCGUGAAACAUUGGUUGGGAAUUCACUUAUUGAUAUGUAUUCUAAAUGUGGAAAAUUGGAAGCUGCUCGCCAUGUAUUUGACACGAUCUUAGAAAAAGAUGUUUAUACAUGGAACUCGAUGAUUGGAGGAUAUUGUCAGGCUGGAUAUGGUGGAAAAGCAUACGAACUUUUUAUGAGAUUAAGGGAAUCAACUGUCAUGCCUAAUGUUGUUACAUGGAAUGCGAUGAUAUCAGGAUGCAUACAGAAUGGAGAUGAGGAUCAAGCUAUGGACCUCUUUCAAAUAAUGGAAAAAGAUGGGGGGGUUAAGCGGAAUACAGCAUCCUGGAAUUCUCUGAUUGCUGGGUACCAUCAGCUUGGUGAAAAGAACAAAGCUCUAGCAAUAUUUCGACAAAUGCAGUCUCUUAAUUUUAGUCCUAAUUCAGUGACCAUCUUGAGCAUUUUACCAGCUUGUGCAAAUGUAAUGGCAGAGAAAAAGAUAAAAGAAAUCCAUGGUUGUGUGUUGCGCAGAAACCUGGAAUCUGAGCUAGCUGUUGCAAACUCACUUGUAGACACUUACGCCAAGUCAGGGAACAUUAAAUAUUCAAGAACUGUCUUUAAUGGCAUGUCAUCCAAAGAUAUUAUCACCUGGAAUUCAAUUAUUGCAGGAUAUAUUUUACAUGGUUGUUCAGAUUCUGCAUUUCAAUUGUUUGAUCAGAUGAGAAAUCUCGGAAUUAGGCCAAACCGAGGUACUUUGGCUAGUAUUAUUCAUGCCUAUGGCAUUGCCGGAAUGGUAGACAAGGGAAGACAUGUUUUUUCUAGCAUCACUGAAGAACAUCAAAUUCUACCAACUUUAGAUCAUUAUUUGGCUAUGGUAGAUCUCUAUGGACGUUCUGGGAGGCUUGCAGAUGCAAUAGAGUUCAUCGAAGAUAUGCCUAUAGAACCCGAUGUCUCUAUCUGGACCAGCUUACUUACGGCCUGCAGAUUUCAUGGAAACUUAAACUUGGCAGUUCUAGCAGCCAAGCGCCUCCACGAAUUGGAGCCUGAUAAUCAUGUGAUAUACCGUUUAUUAGUGCAGGCAUAUGCUUUAUAUGGGAAAUUUGAACAAACCCUAAAAGUGAGAAAGCUUGGAAAAGAGAGUGCGAUGAAGAAAUGUACAGCACAGUGCUGGGUUGAAGUCAGGAAUAAAGUCCAUUUAUUUGUCACAGGCGACCAGUCUAAACUUGACGUUCUAAAUACUUGGAUAAAGAGCAUUGAAGGGAAAGUAAAGAAAUUUAAUAAUCACCAUCAGCUCUCUAUUGAAGAAGAAGAGAAAGAAGAAAAAAUUGGUGGGUUCCACUGUGAAAAAUUUGCAUUUGCUUUUGGCCUUAUUGGCUCAUCUCACACACGUAAAAGUAUAAAGAUUGUGAAAAACUUAAGAAUGUGCGUGGACUGUCAUCAGAUGGCCAAGUAUAUCUCAGCGGCUUAUGAAUGUGAAAUAUAUUUAAGCGACUCGAAAUGCUUGCACCAUUUCAAAAACGGUCACUGUUCUUGUGGGGAUUAUUGUUUGGCUGAGAAUAAAUUGUUCAAUACACUUCGACAGAGUUUUGAUGAUUCUCGAAAAAUCAAGCCAAUCAUGGCUGGUCCUUUUGGGGGACCAGCUGGAAAUAAUUGGGAUGAUGGAGUUUAUUCGACUAUCAGGCAGUUGAUAAUUUGCCAUGGAGCUGGUAUCGACUCCAUUAAGAUUCAAUAUGAUGUGAAGGGAAGUUCAAUUUGGUCAGAUAGACAUGGAGGAAAUGGUGGCACUAAAACAGACACGGUGAAGCUUGAUUUUCCGGAUGAGUACUUGACUAUGAUCCGUGGACACUAUGGUAGCUUUGUGUCAUUUGACAAAGUGUUUGUUCGAUCCCUAACUUUUAUGAGCAACAAAAAGAAGUAUGGACCUUACGGGGUCGAACAAGGAACAAUUUUCUCUUUUCCAACGACUGAGGGCAAGAUUGUAGGGUUCCAUGGCAGGAGUGGAUUGUACCUGGAUGCCAUUGGAGUUUAUCUAAAGCCUAUGGCUAUACAAUCACCAUCUAAAGCAAUGAUUCAAUCACGGGACCAUCUUGCUAGUAAGACUGAAAAUGAAGGGUAUUCAAUUAUACAAGGAAGUGUUGGUCAAAAUUAUGAUAUUGUUCUUGCUGUCAGGCAGAAGGAUGAAUUCAAAACACCUCUUCCAACUACUAUCUCAAAACAAGUAUCUAGUUCCUCAAGCUCAGAAUCAAGUGAUGAUGAAUCCACAAUUAAGAGGCCUGUUAAGAAGGGACCGUCUAAAGUUGAAAAUGUGGUACCAUGUGGACCUUGGGGCGGCUCGGGCGGAACAGUAUUUGAUGAUGGAUGUUACUCUGGUAUUAGACAAAUUAAUGUGUCGCGCAAUGUUGGAAUUGUAUACAUAAGAGUUCUAUAUGCUUGCGAUGAAGAAUCUAUAUGGGGAGCACGGGCAGGUGGAACGGGAGGAUUCAAAUAUGACAAGGUUAUCUUUGAUUAUCCAUAUGAAAUCUUGACUCAUGUAACUGGACACUAUGGGCCUGUCAUGUACAUGGGACCUAAUGUUAUCAAGUCACUCACAUUUCAUACUACAAAAGCGAAGUACGGACCAUUUGGAGAGGCACAAGGAACCCCCUUUAGUACCAAUGUCAAGGAGGGGAAGAUUGUUGGAUUUCAUGGGAGGAAAGGUUUGUUCCUAGAUGCUCUUGGUGUGCACAUAGUUGAAGGAAAGGUGACCCCGCUGUCUCGUCCUCCCUCCAGGGAUAUUAUUCCUGCUGCUCCACCACUUCUUGAAAAUAGUAAUGCCCCUUGGACUAUGAAACUAGCACCUUCAAAAGGAGCACUUGAAGAGAUGGCUCGUGGUGUAGUAAAAGAACCAGCACCCUGUGGACCUGGACCAUGGGGUGGAGAUGGCGGUAAACCAUGGGAUGAUGGAGUAUUUUCUGGCAUUAAACAGAUAUACUUGACACGGUCUCUUGAAGCUUUUUGUUCAAUUCAAAUUGAAUACGAUCGAAACAAACAAUCAGUUUGGUCAGUUAGGCAUGGAGGAAACAGUGGAACAACCAUACAUCGGGUAAAAUUGGAUUAUCCACAUGAAGUGUUAACAUGUAUAUCAGGAUAUUACGGUUACAUCGGUAAAGAUGAGAGACAACAAGCUGUAAAGUCGCUUACAUUUCACACAAGCAGGGGGAAGUUCGGUCCAUUUGGGGAGGAGGUAGGGUCGUUUUUCACGUCAACAACGACAGAGGGCAAAGUAGUUGGCUUCCAUGGGAGGAGCAGCUUGUAUUUGGACGCCAUCGGAGUUCACAUGCAACACUGGCUAGGAAGCCAAAGGGCAACUAGGUCGUCCUUUUUCAAACUGUUCUGAUAUGAAACUGAAGAACUAAUAAAGCUGGGGAUGGAGCAAUAUGAUUCCGUUAAUAAUCAAUUCUGGAAAAGUGAGAUUCUUUCAACUUUUCCUUGUCUUCCAUUUGCAUGGGAAAGAAUGUUUGGCCUAAUCAAUGACGCUUAUCAUAUUAUUUCUGGAUAUGAUAUUUCAUAUUCCCUCUCUUCCAAACAUCACUUAGUUUGAUCAUUCUAUACAUCCUCCAUCCUCUUAUCCUUUUCAUAUGUUGAUUAAACCUUCCCAAACGAGUUGAUACUGUUUGUGAAAUGUGAUAAAGUAUAUUGAGUGACUUUUCAAGUGUAUUAAAAAAUCAUUCCAAAUAGGUCAAAAGUUAUUUGUGGAGGUGUGAUGAUUAUGUGUAAUAUUGUGAUAUGAUAUUAUGUUGUAAUGAGGUGUGUGUAUUAGCAAUUUUUAGAAUAUCAUUUCUUUAAUCAAAAUAUAAGCUAAAUUAAACU